AUGAAGCGGCCCGGAACAUAUUCAGGAAUACUUUCAGGAGGAAUAUCAGGCAGAACUGGACCCCAUUUAUUGCCAUUGGCAAGAAUCAAGAAAAUCAUGAAGAAAUCAAAUGAUGAUGUGAAGAUGAUAACUGGAGAGGCUCCUAUUGUUUUCUCCAAGGCUUGUGAAUUGUUCAUAGAGGAAAUUACCAAAAGGGCCUGGAAUAUCACACUGCAAGGCAAGAGAAGAACCCUUUGCAAAGAAGAUGUUGCUUCUGCUGUUAUUACAACUGAUAUUUUUGAUUUUCUUGUUAAUCUUGUUUCGGAUUCUGCUAAGUCAGAGGAGUCUCAGCUCACAACGAAGGCAUGA